AUGAGUUCUGGUGCUUCCGAUCUCGUAUUGGGCACCAAGCUGCGCGUCGAAUUCGACUCUGACGUGACACAUCGCAUUACAUUCCGGCAGAGCAGCACUGUGAGAAGAGAAGAGCGCAAAGAUGCCUGGAAGAAAGAGAAAAAGCUGGGAUCUGGGUCCUACGGCAGUGUCUGGCUCCAUCGCUGCAUGGCAAGUGACUGUGCAGCCAAGGUAGAGGCCGUCAAGAUGAUGCGGAAACAGCACCUCUCUGCGCAGAGGAUCGAUUUCUACAAGGAGCUUGAAGCAAUUGCCAAGUUUUCCCUGCCUGAGUAUCGUGGUCUCUUUGUGGAGUAUCGCGGGUGGUACGAAAGCGACGAGAAAGUCUUCAUCGCUAUGGAGUACAUCGAACAUGGAGACCUCUCUCAUCUCAUAAUGCCAUUGCUCGAGGACGAUGCGCGAGAGAUCACUUUUCAGAUUGCAGAAGCACUCGAGCAUCUCCACAAAGAUAAGUUUGUUCAUCGGGACCUCAAGCCAGCGAAUGUCUUCGUUGUACAGACAGGGCCGCAAUGGUGGGUCAAGAUCGGCGACUUCGGCUUCAGUAAGCGCAUCAAAGAAGGCAGCAGCCUUCGCUCCUUCGUCGGAACAAGACUCUACGCUGCACCGGAAAUACUUUCGAGCUAUAGUCUGGACCUUGACGACUCGAGUGGGUCGUUCAACUACUCCGAAAAAGUCGAUAUUUGGUCUCUGGGUGUGAUGGCUUUCCAAAUGGUGUUUAACACCUUUCCAUUCAUGCAACCAACCUUAUUGCCCAAGUACAUUCGGGGCGAGCCGCUACCAUUUCCAGAACAGGCGGUGGAUAUUGUUGGCCCAGAGUGUCGCCAGUUCAUAGUGGCUGCGAUGGCUCCCAGAGCUACAGAUCGAUUAUCUGCUACUGAGUGCCUGGAGAGCGAAUGGCUAAAGCAGGGUAAAGUGGGGACUCUGGAUCUGGACGCAUUAGAGGGAGCAUUGUCAGAUCUCCAGCCAGGUGGAGCGCAUCUUGCUGUACCAGAUACCACAUUUCAAGGUUCAGAUCCGGAGGUACCGUCUAUUCCACCAUCGCCUAGGCCGUCGAAGUCACCAGUUCAUGAACAAAAGGCGACGACUUCGCCUCCUGCAAAUGCUCUUGCCACGGACUCGAAUGUACAGCCGACUUCAGUUGACUACAAAAAGGUGGAACCGAAGCCGAUACUUACACCUGCAAAUGGUCGAACAACCGGCUCAAAUAUGCAGACGAGUCCAUUUGGCCCCGCAAGAGUGGGACCGAAGUCAACAGUUUCACCUCCUCCAAAUAGCCGAGAAAUGGGAUCAGAUGAACAUUCGAAUCGAGACGGGACCAAAAAGAUUGAUCAGAAGCCAACCGGAGGACGUCAAAAACAAGAUUCCGUUCCUGACUACCUGAGCAGGUUCAAAGACAAGUCAGGUAAUUUGAGAGUUCUCGACUGCAAUGGUCUGUUCGACCUUGCAAAACAACAAUUUGAAGAAAAUGAAUAUGGCGCGUCUGAAUACACAUUCAAGAAGAUCUAUCCCAAGCUGAAAGAAGAACUGGGAGAAAAGCACGAAAGAGUUCUCAAGAUCCAGUACUAUCUUGGCCGGAUAUUGAUCAAGCAAGGUCGAACUUCUCUUGCAAAAAGCCUGCUCCUGGACACAUGGGAGAAACAAAGAAAGUUCUUGGGAUCAGGUGCUCAAGAUACGAUGAAUACCGUGAUCUACCUGGAGCAAGCACUCCGAGCAGAGAGAAGCCUUUCAAAACUGGUGGACCUUUUCCGCAAGCAUUCGAAAGAUCUCGAAAAAGUCCGUGGGCCAGAACACCAGAUGACCUACCUUGCUCGAUACUCCCUUGCCAGGGCACUUUUGUUUCAAAGAAAACGUCUCCUAGAGGCCGAGAAAAUAUUUCGAGAAACAUACGAUGGUCAAAAGAAGCUUCUCGGGCCGAAACAUCCAGACACGCUCCAGUCGUUCAAUGGCGUUGGCGAGGCGCUUUUUGAGCAACAGAAGUACGAAGCAGCGAGUAGGACGCUUCGCUCAGUGGCAGAGCAACGCCUAGAGGUUCUGGGUGCGGAGAAUCUCAGUUACCUGUGGUCAAUGAAGCUUCUUGGUCUUGCCCUCUACUCAAACAAGAAUUACAAAGAGGCCGAGGUUGUUCAGAAAGAGGUCUACGACAUUUUGUCAAAGAAUAAUGCUGCUGGGGAAUCUUCAGGCACCGUGGUGUCACCCAAGAUCAAAAACAAGAUGAUGAUAACUGCUGAUCUGAUAAGCACCUUGAAAGCCCAAGGGAAAGCAAAAGAGGCCGGAGCUUUAUAG